AUGAUGUGCAAGAGCUCCUCGUACAGCUUGUGCCAGUACUCGCCCGACGAAACUGACGAGGUCUUCUUCAGCUCUGUGCAGAACAGCUUGAGCAGCGGCACCUCCCUCUUGCCCUUCAGUUUCGCUCCAAUGUGCAGUGGAACAAGAUUGUUGUUCAAGUGGUCGCGACAUAUCACCCGCGGAACAGGCUUGGCAGGCUUGUUGUGGUCCCUCACCCGCGCAUUGAACGCCUUGUCCGGAACAAGCUCGAACCCAACAGAGCACCCGGGCGUGUCCUGGCAACACGUCACGUGCAUGGCCUUCCCACACACGCUGCAGUCUGUAAGACUGCCACCAAGGCCACAAAUGGUGCAUUUUUUGCCCGAAUGCUUUAAGAGCGAAAGUUCAGCACCAAAUACAGGCUGCAUGGAACUGCUUCCAAACUCGCAAUCAGGAUCAAACACAGCACAAAUCGCAUGA